AUGAGCACCACCACCCUCCCCGCCGCCGCCAGCAACCCGCACAACCCGCACACGGCCGCCCCCACCCUCCUCUGCACCGAACUCGCCAUCACCUCGCUGAUGCUCCUCUGCGUCCUCCUGCGCUUCUACUCGCGCCUCUUCCUCUCGCGCCGCUUCGGCGCCGACGACGCCAUCCUCGGCGUCGCCGCGGCGACCGCCGUCGCGCACACGGCCGUCACCUGCGUCGGGACGAGGCACGGGAUCGGGGUGCAUGUUUGGGACCUGGAUCUGGAUGGCGAUGGCGAUGCGGCGGAGGUGGUGAGGAAUGGGUUUAGGUUCGUGUUUGCGAGUAUUUUGUUGUUUCAUCCGGUGUCGGCGCUGACGAAGGGAGAGAGAGACAGGCCGAUCGACCUCUUCUGGAACCAGCCGUUCAACAUCCAGCGCGACUGCGUCGACGUGCUGACGCUGCUGGUGGCGACGGCGGCGCUCAACAGCGUCGGCGACCUGCUGGUCUACCUGUGGCCGAUCAAGUUCCUGUUCAAGCUGCAGAUGCCGCUGAAGCACCGCCUCGGCCUCAUCCUGCUCUUCUCCUUCGGCUGCAUCGUCUUCGCCGCCAGCGUGUGCCGCAUCGUCGCCCUGCCACCCGCCAUGACGAGCGUCGACGUCCUCUACAACUCCUCCACCCUUCUCCUCAUCGCCUCCAUCGAAGAAAACAUGGGCAUCAUCUGCGGCUGCCUCCCCUGCGUCAAGGGCGCCCUCGCCCACUUCUGGCCCCGCAUCUUCCGCUCGUCCUCAUCCCCCACCGACGACGACGACGACCUCGACCUCGCCCCCUACUCCUCCUCCUCCACCACCUCGCCGCGUCAUCGUCAUCGUCACCCCCGCGACCGCCCCCACGCCUUCCAGCACACCGGCGCCGGCCGCGUCACCGGCUACGGCGACCACUCGCACAACCACUCCGCGACCGUCGUGUCGACGGCGGGCGCUAGUAGCAAGAGCGGGAGAAAAGCGAGUAGCAGUUGCGCCACGGCGGCGGCGGGAGUGGAAGAAGAGGGAGAAGAGUGGGAGGUGGAGGUGGAGAUGGCGGCGUGGUGGCGUCAUCGGCGUGGGGAUGAUGAGAGGGGGUUGGUGGAGGAGUGGCGCGGCUGCAGCCGCCGCGGCCACGGCCACGGCGCGGGGGAUGAGGAGAGUGGUGGUUGUGCUGGUGCUGGUGCUGGUGGGGGGAUCGUGUUGACGCAGGAGGUGGUGGUGAAGAGGAGUAGGUCGGUGGCGGCGGGUGGGGCGGGGCGGGCAGCGGGUGAGGGGUAUGCUGGUGCUGGUGCUGGUGCGGGGAGGGGGGGUGCGGCGGGGGGCGCGGUUGGGGAGGUGUCGACUGUGGGUGGUGGGGAGUGGGAGGCGGGUGAUGGGGGGAGUGUGGGGAAGGGGAGUAGCAGGAGGAGUGUGUGA